AUGGUGCUCUCUUCGAACUGGCUCAAGCUGCAAAGCUCUCAGACCGACACAAAGUCUCAAAAGUCAGCUUCAAAACCGGUCAAAGCAACUGGAAGCACUCACCGUGUUGAAAAGACUAGAAAAAUUGUGAAUACCAACAAACCCAAAGGCCCAGCAGGCGUUCGAGAAACGACAAAAGCAAGGAAAGGAAAGGAUAUGGUGCCCCACGUCAGAAGUAAAAAAAACAUUAUGAAAAUGGUCGACUCGAUGACCGAGGAAAUUGCCAAACUCGAGGGCCAAAAGGCAAGACUAGGCAAUUCCAACGGCCCAGCAAGCUCUCUGGCUGCGAGUCUCGAACAGUCCUUGCAAGCAGAUGCACAGGAUAGGAAUUCGCAGAGAGCUGCAGAAGUGGGUAAAUAUGUCGCUCUCGAUUGUGAGUUUGUAGGGGUUGGUCCUGACGGCAAAGAAUCGGCUCUUGCUAGAGCUACUCUGGUCAAUUUCUUCGGACAUGUUGUACUAGACGUUUUCGUAAAGCCACGCGAAAAGGUGACCGACUGGAGAACCUGGGUGAGUGGUGUACGACCUCAAGAUAUGCAAAACGCGGUUCCAUUCCCAGUUGCUCAGGAACAGGUUGCCAAGACUCUACAGAAUAGGACACUGGUGGGACAUGCAGUCGCCCAUGAUCUACAAGCUCUAUUUCUUUCUCAUCCACGCAGCAUGAUAAGAGAUACCUCAAGGCAUAUUCCUUUCAGGAAGAAGUACGCCGGUGGCAAGACACCGAGUUUGAAAAAGCUGGCGAAAGAGGUAUUGGGCCUCGACAUUCAAGGAGCGGAACACUCUCCAAUUGAGGAUGCUAGAGCCACGAUGCUUAUCUACAAAGCUGAUCGAAAAGAGUUUGAACGGUUGCAUCAGAUAAAAUUUGGUUCCAAUUAG